CGCAGGUGCGGAAGCACGCGGGCAGGGGUCACGUAAGCCGUUCCGUCGAUGACUGGAGGUGAAUUCACUCCGCUUUCUCAAAAGACAUGAGGAAAAUCUAGCGAAAAUCGUCUGUGUGUUUGUUUAACCAGUCUGUUCUGCAAAAAUAUAGUUAUAAAGGUUUAAAGAAGGCGCAGGCUUUUUCGGAGUCUGCUGAAGCUUCGUCUCUGUUCGAAGCGGAAUCUCAAGUCGGCGGAAGAAGACAAGGAGAGAUGUCAUACUAUUCAUCCUCCCGUAGUUCAUCUCGGGCCACUGAUUGUAAAGUCUAUGUUGGUGACCUGGGAAAUGGUGCUGCCAAGGGGGAGUUGGAACGAGCUUUCAGUUAUUACGGUCCACUGAGAAGCGUCUGGGUGGCCAGAAAUCCCCCCGGGUUUGCUUUUGUGGAGUUUGAGGAUCCUCGAGACGCCGAAGAUGCUGUGAAAGGCAUGGAUGGAAAGCUCCUUUGUGGCUCCCGGGUCCGUGUUGAGAUGUCCACAGGCCUCUCCAGGAAGGGUCGUGGGCGACCCAGUCGUCGGCAGUUUGACCCCAAUGACAGGUGCUACCAGUGUGGGGACCGGGGCCACUACGCUUACGACUGCUACCGCUACAGCAAGAGAGGCCGCCGCAGCAGGUGGAGGAAUGCUCCAUUUGUCUCGGUCUCGUUCGCGGUCCCGCUCCAGGUCCAGGUCACGCGGGCGCCGCUACCGCUCUCGCUCCCGCAGUCGCAGCCGAAGCUACAGCCGAAGCCGUCGCCGAUCUCCAUCCUACUCCAGGCGCAGGAGCAGGUCUGGAUCCCCAGCCCGUUCCAAGUCCAGGACCCCUGUGAGAAGUCGUUCCAGAUCCCGGUCUCGGUCUGGUUCUGCCCCCAGAGGACGCUCUGUCUCCCGGUCCCGCUCUCGAUCUCCAUCAACCAACCACAAGAGGAUCAGCGUGUGGUGGGAGCUGAGCACUGCACUGACACCGCAGCUGAUCCCAGGCCCAGGGUCUGCCAGCUGGCGGUGUGUACGUCCUGCGGGAGGGUGACUAAGCGCUGACCUGAGAUCAGCCUUCGCCUGCAUCUGGUCUUAGACAGCGAGAAAGAGGUCGACCUACCGACCGAACCCUCCCCUCAGUGAAUGGGUGACUGUCUGUUCAACCAACGCACACGCUCAGAUGAGAUCAGCCCGCGCACACACAUACAGUUGCUCUACUAGAGUCACCCAGAGCCAGCCUUCAGACGUACCGGAGGGCUGACCCACACAGAUCAGAGUUGGGCCUUUUUAAAGCCAUUACCUACCGACCAGAGCCCCCUACCUACCAGAGUUCUUCGCCUGUCUUAGCUUCUGAAAGUGAGAGAAAGAGCUGACGAGAGAUCAGUCUUCAAGAGCCUCCCGGCGCAGUGUUUCUCCGAGUUGUAGUCAUCCGUCCUACAGUCCUUUCAUCCUUCGCUUCUCUGUACUUGUUGUAUCUACCAGUCUCUCCAAAGGUAACCAAAAAUCAAACCCCCUGACAAGCUCAUGUUGAUGGUAAAAAGAACAUUUGCAGGCUUGCUAACGUUGAGCCUUAAACAAGCAUGUUAAGAUGUGUGGGUGAAUGCGAGCGUGCCUGGGUGACUGAACGAGUGCACUGUGAGGGGCUGAUGUCUGAGGAGGUUUUGUCUUCAAUAAAAAAAAAUGUCAUAAACACUUUUGAAGCAGCAUCCGUGAGUUUAUAACUCAAGGAGUAAGUGCUAAAAUGUCAGAACAGGAGCAGUGUGUGACACAGUGUCUGACUUUAAUGGAUGGGUUUCAUGUGUAGCUUUUAAGCCUGGACGGCCUCAUAGGAUGUUAAAUGACAGAAGAAUAUCUGUAUUUGAACUUUGGAUUCAUGAGGCCAGGGGUAUUUUGAUUGUUAUUCGCAUCCUUUCUGGUUGUAAACCAUUUAUUCAGGUAUUUGUUUCCAGGUCUUUCUUCAGUCUUCCCCUGUGGCGAGCUAAUUCCCCUCUGUUUCUGUUUCAGUCGCUCCCGUUCAGCAACCCCAAACCGAAGCGCCACGCCAGCCGAUGACUGAAUGAAGAAGACUUAGCCCCCCCCCCACCCCUCCCUUCCACUUUCCUAAACAGACCCUCUCACCCCGUCUGCUUUUACAGUCCCACAGCUUGUUUUGUACAUCUGUCCAGACCCACAGGUUUAAUUUUAGCCCCAGGACUGAAAUCUCUUGUCUCAGAUUGUCCAAGAUUUACUCAGAAUGGCACACAGGAAAAAAUAAAGCCAGGGGUUAUUACGUUUUAUUUUUUUUGUUUUUCUUAUGUCAUUGCUUCAUCUCUCUUUUCAGAAGAUUUGUAGCACAGAUAGAAAUAACCUUUUUGUGUGUUUUAACAGUAAUGUUUGCAGUUCUUGCAGUAAAUUGAGGGAAGUGGUCGAGACAGCCGAGUGCUGUUACCCAGAAAUUUUUCCUGAGCUGGAAGGCUCUCUCCAACUGACUAUUGGCUAAUGAUAUCUGCAAUAAAGUUUGUACAUUUUUUUCUGGGAAAUGGAUCUAGUGGCUGGUCUGCAUGCCUUUGAGUGUGAUGUCACAUUCCAACAGUUUUUUCCCCUCCAUUUUACUUUAAUCAGAUUAGCAGGACUGCUGAAUUGAUUCACUGUGUUUUGACCCUCAUUUGCUUCUCUGACUUGAUUUUAAAAUGUAUACAGUUCUCAAGAUUGGUUUCUUUAGGGGCUGAUGUAACUUGUUUCUUUUUGUUUUGCUUUUGUUUUUUGCCUGUAUGGUAGCUGUGGCAGUUUUAUUUUUGAAUAAACCUCCUCAACAUAUCA